CGUCAUGUAGCGCUUCAUAUGAACGCAUGUGGGGCGCAAACAGAGGGUCACCCAGGAACGCGAGGAGGAGCCGCCGUGUUUACAAGUAACGAAUAAUUUUGGACGCGAGAAAGAACGAAUUCUGGUCAGACGCAACGUGAUAGUCUACUCUCGGAAAAGUUACAGCCGCUGGAAAACAUGUAAAAACGCUUCUCAUAUCUAACAGGGGCCACCGACUGAGUGUUACGCGCGACGGUAAUCGUGUCUUUUGGGCAACAGAGACUGAACAAACACAUCCAUUUACACCUGCCAUCGAGGACCUAACAAAAAGGCGACAGAAGAAUAUUUUUCGAGACGGAUUAAAUGUGCGGCCGAAUCUCAAAUUAAGGAUAUAUUGCCUGUAUCAGUCGAUGAAAAUGAAGCAGCGCUUCAAACGCACGAGGAAUUUACUGUGACACCAGUUUAUUUUCAGUUGUAAAUGCUGCACUGACCAAACCUUGGGGUGCAUAUCUUUUGUUUUUCAAAACAGAGGUCUGUCACCCCGGAGCGGAGCAUCCGGACAGCUGCAUCUGGAGCAAAGGAGCGCUGUGCUGUUUGAAGGUUACUACAGGGGGAAAGCACUGGAGCAAUGAGUCGCAUCCUUCAUCCACAGGUGUUGACCAUCUGGAUUACACUAAUCUCCAGGGCAACGGCUGACCUGACCUGCGACACUCUGCUCCUUCUCUCCACAAAUCUUACAGCUCGAACUUUGAUCCUGUGGAAUCUGACGUCCAGUCCCACAAACUCAACAGGUCUGUUCUGUAACACUUCAAUAGAUGGCAUUGGGACAUGUUGGCCAAGGAGUAGUGCUGGAGAAGUGGUGUCUCGUCCCUGUCCGGAGACCUUCCUAGGGGUCCGAUACAACACCACCAAUAAUGUGUAUAGAGAAUGUCUUGCCAAUGGUACCUGGGCAAAGAAGGGCAACUACUCCCAAUGUCAAGAAAUCCUUAACGAGGAGAAAAAGAGCAAGCUGCAUUACCACAUCGCAGUCAUCAUAAACUACUUGGGACACUGUAUUUCUUUGGGAGCCCUGCUGGUUGCCUUUAUCCUCUUUAUGAGACUCAGGAGUAUUCGGUGUCUGAGAAAUAUCAUCCACUGGAACCUGAUUACAGCGUUUAUCCUGCGGAAUGCCACCUGGUUCGUAGUGCAGCUCACCAUGAAUCCAGAGGUGCAUGAGAGCAACGUGAUCUGGUGCAGGCUGGUCACAGCAGCGUAUAAUUAUUUCCAUGUGACAAACUUCUUCUGGAUGUUUGGAGAGGGCUGCUAUCUGCACACAGCCAUAGUGUUGACCUACUCCACAGACAAACUGAGGAAGUGGAUGUUCAUCUGUAUAGGCUGGUGUAUUCCAUUCCCCAUUAUUGUUGCAUGGGCCAUUGGCAAACUAUAUUAUGACAACGAAAAGUGCUGGUUUGGGAAGCGGGCCGGCAUUUAUACUGACUAUAUUUACCAGGGUCCCAUGAUCCUGGUGCUACUGAUUAACUUCAUUUUUCUCUUCAACAUUGUGAGGAUCCUAAUGACUAAACUGAGAGCUUCCACCACUUCAGAAACCAUUCAGUACAGAAAAGCAGUGAAAGCCACACUGGUUCUACUGCCUCUGCUGGGCAUCACCUACAUGCUGUUUUUCGUCAACCCUGGCGAAGAUGAGAUCUCACAGAUCGUCUUCAUCUACUUCAACUCUUUCCUAGAGUCCUUUCAGGGCUUCUUUGUGUCGGUGUUCUACUGCUUUUUGAACAGUGAGGUUCGCUCAGCUGUUCGUAAACGGUGGCAUCGCUGGCAGGAUAAGCACUCCAUUCGAGCACGAGUGGCACGGGCCAUGUCCAUUCCCACAUCUCCAACACGGGUCAGUUUCCACAGCAUCAAGCAAUCGUCUGCCAUCUGACAUCAACAGAAGUGAAGCGUCCGACUCCAUCCCUGUUUCUUCUGCUCCCCCUCUAACCAUCCUCAGCUAACCCUUCCUUCUGCGAAAUACCAGGGAUAACAGCUAUGGGCCAAACAGGGUAUUAUCCUCAGCUGAAACACAAAUGGGUGGAGAUGCACACAGGCAAUGAGGUCCACCUGCUGAAAACAAGGAAAACUGUUUUGCUGGGAGAGAUGGCAGAAUCAGAUUAAAGCAUCAGUAGUCUCGGACAGUGACUGGAAGGGAAGAUGAAGCUGGCACCGAAAAAAACUCAAUAAGCAGGCAGGGUGUAUUUUGUUCAGUGGUCAAAGCUAUUUUUCAGUUCAUCUCCUCCUAGUUGGCUCUCCUAUCUGUAGUCUACUCUGGUUGGAGACCUCAGUGUUAUUCCAACUUGAUUCUGGAACAAUCUGAUUUGGAUAAAAUGGAAUUGUAAGGAAUAUAUUAAAUUUAGUUUUUAGGAAUUUUACAAGAAGAUAAGAUGAAGAGGGAAAAAAAUUUGAUUUCCAAUUAGACCAAUUGAAAACCUGACAAACUGUUUCCCAACAAACUGCAUAUACCUUAUUUGUUGGGAAACUUUUUUCUGUGAACACUCAUUGUUAUUGAUUCCUUUGACUGGAUACUUAAAUAUUAUAGAAGUUUCUCCAGGUUGUUCAGAUUGUGACCCUUUAAAUAUUAUUUUCUUACUUGUCACUUGCUUUACAGUGUCAAUGUCAUUGCAGCUAGUAAUAGAUCCCCAUGAUUAUCAUAACUCUCAGUAUAUUUGUGAGCAAACUCAUACAAAUUUAAAUUACAUGUGCAUCUAUUGCUGCAUAUACAGUGCAAUGCUAGUAGGAAAAAUUGUAAACCUGAUCUCAUCGUGUAUACAUAUGACAUCUCACUAUUUAAUUUUAACAAAGAUGAAGGAUGUGGUAGAAGGUAGAAGAUAAAUGGGCAUGUUCUGAUUUCAAACACAAAAAAGGGUUUUUAAUCACAGAACAAAGAAAUAUUUAGAUUUUAUACCGCAUUGUCUCAGCCAAGCAUUAGGAGUCUCAGCCAAGUGGACAAUGGAAUAAAUCAAAUUAUCCACUUUAGCUUCCCAUUCUAUGCAGUUUUAUUCUAUAAAUUCCCUGAUUGCGAAGCAGGCUAAUGAAAUAAUCACAGUACUAGAGGGCAGUUGGAUCCUGGAGCCAAAGAGACUCCUGGUCUCACGUUACUAUACUUACAUUUUUGCUAAAUGAUUUUUACGUGGCUCGUUGUACCGCGACAGUUUCCUGAUGAGAUGAACACCAGAGGUGCUACAACAACAGUGAUUUUUAUUCCCUUCACACAAAUCAGGAGUAAUUUAUCAGUUCGUAAACACAUUUAUCCCUGUUCCUCACACAAUACUAUCUUAGGACAUCAAAACACUUUUACUGUAGCCCAUGACUUUAAAGGCUUUACAUUUGAAAGUUUGCAUUACAUAACCAGCUACAUUUACAAACUUGUUUGAGUGUCACCAGUCCUAUCCGUGCCAAGCGGGAUUCGAACUGGCGAUCCCUGGCAUGGGAGUCAAAGGCACUAGCAACGAGGCUAUAAAAGCCAUUGCCUCUAGUCUUGGUCGCUAGUGCAUCUCUUAAAAGGGUAGUUCACCCAAAAAUAAAAA